CGAGUAUAUUCGAUAAAAAUGGUGUGAUGCCGACUCAAGUAAGUGAAACGAAUUGAAAUAUGAAUAAUCUUCAUGUUUUGAGUUUAGAGCGCAAUAAAGUUCGGUUUUAAUGGUGACGGAACCGGAUGAAAAGCCUGUAGCGUUCUUUAGCAGAUGUUAGCCGGUGGUUAGCCGGUGAGGCCGAGAUCAGCUGUGCGUCGUGAUGGUUCUCGAAGACUUUGGGGACAUGUGUGUGCUUGUGCCGAUGAAGGACACACCACCUUGGAUGUGAGUCUGUCCCCCAGAUCAGAAGGUCUCCUUGUUUAUAUUCAUCAGGCAGACAGACGUUAGGAAGAGUUUUUCGGGUGUCCACAGCAGGCUGGUGACACUGAGCUGCGUCAGAAUGACGUGCCGUGACCGAACCCUCGAGUUUCAGUCAGCCUGUAAAUCUCUACAAGGCAGACAGAAUGGAGUCCAGCCUAGUAAACCUGCUUCUCAGUCUCUCAGGCAACGCAGUGACUUCACACUCAUGGCCAAGAGGAUUGGGAAAGACUUAAGCAAUACAUUUGCCAAAUUGGAAAAACUCACAAUUUUGGCCAAAAAGAAAUCUUUAUUUGAUGACAAGGCAGUGGAGAUUGAGGAGCUAACCUACAUCAUUAAACAGGAUAUCAACAGCCUAAACAAACAGAUUGCACAGCUGCAGGACUUGAUCAGGUCCCGCAGUGCUCCUGGUGGCCGACACAUCCAGACCCAUUCCAACACUAUAGUGGUCUCAUUACAGUCCAAACUGGCAUCAAUGUCAAAUGACUUCAAAUCAGUCUUAGAAAUCAGAACUGAGAACCUGAAGCAGCAGCGCAGCAGGAGAGAGCAGUUCUCCCAGCCCCCCGUCUCCUCUUCUCCUAUGAUGGCCAACAACUUCAGGAGCCGCAAAAAAGGGGCCCAGGAGCCGCAAGCAGCUCGCGAGCCGCGCAAUGACUACCAGGGCUAUACAACCACAAAUUUAAAAGAGAGCUCUGUUCUGAUGCAGGACGAGUCCCGGAGCAUGGGAGAUGUGGCCAUCAACAUGGACUCUCAGAGCAACCCUCUGCAGCUCCAGCUUAUUGAUGAGCAGGACUCGUACAUCCAGAGCCGUGCAGAUACAAUGCAGAACAUUGAGAGCACCAUCGUGGAACUGGGUUCUAUAUUCCAGCAGCUGGCACACAUGGUUAAAGAACAAGAAGAGACCAUACAAAGGAUUGAUGCUAACGUGGACGAUGCCCAGAUGAACGUUGAGUCAGCUCACACAGAAAUCCUCAAGUACUUCCAGUCCGUCUCCUCCAACCGCUGGCUGAUGAUUAAGAUCUUUCUUGUUCUCGCUGUUUUCUUUAUCAUCUUUGUUGUCUUCUUCGCUUGAAAAAGUAAAGCAAGUGAAGAGGACCAGCUAAAUGGAGGAAAAAGCACAUAGAAGCUAAAGUUGGACCAGGUUGCACGACAUAAUGGAAGGAUGAAGUUCUCCACAACGGUUUAUUAAAGGCUGGGAUUUAGAAUCACACAGACUUUUCACUCACUUCCAAGCUACAGACUCUUGAUUCUACAGCUUAAUGAGGAAUAAAGAGGUUGAACUCUGUCAAAAUAAUAAACAUCUUCUGUUGGUUACUGAGCAGAAGGAAGCUCUGCUUUGUACUUUCACCAAGAUUUACAUUUACUCAAAAUGGCUGUAAGUUAAUGGUUUGAUUCUGCAAACUGUCUUAAAUUUGUUUUGUUUACCCCUUAACUUUAUUAUUCCAAAGCCAAACAAUAGAAUGGAAGUCUACUCUAUUGUGUUUCUACUUCUCAUUACAACUGAAUGACUUUGUUUCAUUAAUCGGUAUUACUUAAUUCAACAGCAUUCAUUUAUGUGAUUUUGUUUUAGUUCCAGUUUUGCUUUCUAAGUUAAUUUGCCAAAUGGGUAGACUUACUGAACUGUGACAUAAAACUAAGAUGCUCAAGAAAGCAGUUUGAGCCAUCCAAGCUGAAGUUUUAGGCAGGAGUCCUACAAAGUGUAGUUAUAUUAUAGUUGUUAUUUUAAUUGAAGCUGUCUGGCCAGCAGCCGUCAGGUUCAGGGGUUUAAAAGUCCCCGGUGCAAUGCCUCAGAGAGGAUCAGCGCUAAUGAAGGGGUUUUUCUGGUUGGAGACAACCCAAUAAUGAACUGAUUUGAUCCAACAGAUACCCUGGAAGUGUCUGUUAAAGUUCCCCACCUCUUCAGAUUAGUGUUAUUUAACUGACCAUUACAACAAAAAGAAAUGGUUCCUGUUUUCCCAUGUUUUUAGCCAAAUGCCUUGACUUCAUUGUAUAAAGUGCAAAUAGUUAUGAUGUAUUGGAAAAGAGUGCAUUAAUAAAAUAAUGGGAUGCUGGCA